AUGUUAGUUUCUUUUCUGAUUCUAUUCGGAUUGUCUAGUGAGAGCGUUUUUGAUGUGACAUGGAAGUGUCCGGACUUAGAGAGAAUCACCAUUCCAGCAAGUUCUGUGGGCCCGAAUUUUAUACGCCAGAUCAAGUACAGAUGCAAUUUUAACUACAAGUGUUUCUACAAUAAGAAUUUAUUACAGGAAUUCAGCGAGGGUUACUGCAGCGCUAAAAAAGCCUUGCGCCACAUCGCAGAUCGUGAGUUUCUCCCUGCCUGCCAGACACAUGAUGCCUGUUAUCGCAUUAUAUUCCAGCAAGAAAACUCUAUUUCCGCUAAAAACAACUGCGACCAAGCCUUUUAUGAAAACGUGCUUGCUCUCUGCAAUCAUAGAGGAGGAUCCGACUGCAAACUCAAAGCUAGCUUGAUGUACCGGGCUACAAGCGCAUUUGGCGACGACUCUUUCCAAUUUGAUCAGACCAUUGUUCAUUGUCAAGAUAAUCAAUAA